UUGAAUUAAUUCACACUCAUCAUGUCUGGUCGCGGCAAAGGGGGAAAAGGUCUAGGAAAAGGAGGCGCGAAGCGUCAUCGCAAGAUCCUUCGGGAUAACAUCCAGGGCAUCACCAAGCCCGCAAUUCGCCGUCUCGCUCGUCGUGGUGGAGUCAAACGAAUCUCUGGCCUCAUCUACGAGGAGACCCGUGGCGUUCUCAAAGUCUUCCUUGAGAACGUUAUCCGUGACGCGGUCACCUACACCGAGCACGCCAAGCGCAAGACUGUCACCGCCAUGGACGUGGUCUACGCUUUGAAGCGACAAGGCCGAACCCUGUACGGAUUCGGCGGCUAGAUUAUCUAGUCAACACAAACCAACGGCUCUUUUAGGAGCCACCACAUGCAACAAACGUCAUGAGCAAAUGCAGACAUAUCGUGCCAAACUGUAAAUCAGUCUUCAUUGCUUUUUGAAAGUGACCAACGAGAAAAAAAAAUACAUCAUUGGAUUACCAAUUCGAAA